AUGGAUGUCAACCACUUCCUCAUCAGUUCUUUAUUAGAAAGGUGGAGAUCAGAAACUCACACAUUUCACUUCCCCCAUGGAGAUACUACUGUGACACUAGAGGAUGUAGCCGUCCUCCUUGGCCUACCGAUAGACGGAGAUGUGGUCACUGGUCCCACUACGGUUCAGGACAUAUUCGCCACCUUCCAUGAACACCUAGGUGUCAUCCCACCACCGACGGUGAUAAGAGGGAACUCAAUUAGAGUUUCUUGGUUAAACUCUACUUUCCAACAGCUUUCACCGAAUGCAAACAAUGAGGUUAUUGCUCAAUAUGCGAGAGCGUACAUUCUCACAUUGAUUGGAAGCAUUUUAAUGCCAGACACGUCUACAGCUAGGGUACAUGUCAUGUAUCUACUUAGGCUAGCUGACUUAAAUGUAGUCAGGAAUUAUAGUUGGGGGUCUGCAGUUUUGGCUUGCCUAUAUCAUUGCCUAGAUCAUGGCAUUCACCUACGCCAAGAAAAUAUUGGUGGAUGCAUGAUCUUGUUACAAUGUUGGGCUUGGGAGAGGAUUACUACUAUAGCCCCACAACUUCAACCUUUAAGUGAUCAGGAGGUGGCUGAUGGGGAUGGUUUCCCUAUCUGUAGAAGGUGGAUGAAUGUAACGCAUCGGAUAAAUCCAGCUUCAAUUUCAGUUACUGAAUUUCGGUUGAGAUUUGAUCAACUACGUACAAGACAUGUAAUACUUAAGUUCUUGUGGAGGCCUUACACUCGACAAGAAGUUAGUCGAUUGAUUGUGGUUGACAUCCCUCCGGUAUCCAGAGCAAAAGUCCCAAUAAUUUGCUUCGCCACAGUAGAAAUCCAUCAGGCGGAUAGGGUGAAGCGUCAGUUUGGUUUAAGACAAAACAUUUCGCCUGAGCCGGUUAACCUGGAUCAAGUUCACAGGGAUGACUUGAGGGGAAGAAACGACAGAGAUUGGUGGUACAUAAACCACACUAUCCGUUAUAUAUCUCCAUCGACAGAAUCUUUCGACGAUGAGUACGAUAUGUUACAAGAACCUUCCCAGCCUGCUUCACAACCCUACACUGGCCAUGUUGGGUCUUCUCCAGAUUUCAUACAUCAUCCCCAACCCUUUUUCAAACAGUCGCCUAUGGGUUAG